GACGACGAUGACGACUUUGGCGACUUUGAAGAUGCCUCUGCCAUUGCCCCUGCAGAUCUCACACAAAGUCCCAUGAGCGGCACAACACAUCGGAGCCCUGGCCUCAGCACUGUUUCAAGAAACUCAACGCCUUUUCCACCGAAAGCUCAGACGAGGGAAGCGGAACCGGAGCAGGUUAUCGGCCAGCACCCGUUCGCCAAGCACAUGGAUUUCCUGUUCUCUGGCGGAGACGAUGAGUACGAUGCCGGUGAUGAUGACCUCGAGGACUUGUCGAAGAAUCCUGAGGCUGCAAUGGAGUACUCGAAACGUAUCAUUGCGGAGCAGGAAGCACAGGCCAAGAAGAAGCCUUUGCCAUUCUCGAAGCCACAAGGUCCUUCGCCUCUUCCUCCCAAGGCGUCGAACAAGCUGCAAAAGAAAUCGGGCUAUGUGCCUGCCAAAGAUCCGAAUGUGCUGUUCGAUGUCGACAAUGUUUCCGAGCCCGAUCUCGAUGAUGACUUCGGCGACUUUGAGGCCGCACCUGUGAGCGCUCCGCAGCCUGCGCCAACGCGUCCCGCAACACCACCUGCAUCUGCACCAAAACCACGCAUGCCGCAGAUAGACCUGCUCGGAUUGGGGGACGCUGUUUCUGUGCCCAACAUCAUGAGCCCACGCUCUGAAAGAGCCCACGAACUUCUGGGUCAUGCGAAAGCAGACUCAAUGUCGAGACCAAAAAGCUCAAGCUUACUUCCCAAGCAAGAAGAAGAUGUCUGGGACGAUUUCGACACUGCUGAUCCCGUGUCAGCUCCCGCGCUACUUCCCUCCCACGGCAAGGAAACCUCAAUGGCAGCUUCGAGACCACCCCCAUCAACAAGUAUCGCAUCAGUCCUCAACAGCAUUAAAUCCGAGCCUUCGCAGAGCGAGCUACCGCCAACAAAUAUCCCACCACCACUCAUCCUCCUCUCACGCUUCACCGCAAUCUUCUCCGCUGCAGACGAAGCCCUCUUUCAUCCCCUCUCCAAAUUAGAGUCGACGCAAAGAGGUCAACUCCUCGCGCACCCGGCGACCCACCAGUUCCUAGCAACACAUCUCCAAUCCGCCAUCGUUCUCGCUCACAUCAUCGCAGGACGUAAACUCCGGUGGAAACGCGACCAGAUUCUCGCUGCAUCAAUGCGAAUCGGUCCCUCAGCCGCAGGAGGAGGUAAAGGCGGAAUGAAACUGACAUCGAUCGACAAGUCUGAAGCGGGCAAAGAAGAUCGAGAAGUCCUCGACACUGUACAACGAUGGAAGGGCCAAGUGGGUAAGUUCCGGAGCGCGGUCGCGGCGGCACCAGGCAAAUUGGGGCCUGUGCCCGAAGUGGCGGAGACUAUGCCGGUGAGGACGCUGAAAGCGACCGAAGGAGGUUUCACAGCGCCGCACGCAUGUGCUCUGUGUGGACUGAAACGAGAAGAGCGAGUGGUCAAGGUGGACGUGGAUGUGAAUGAUAGUUUUGGGGAGUGGUGGGUGGAAGGGAUGAAUCUUCAUACUUUGUGUAUGCAAUGGUGGAAUGAGCACAAAGGAAAUCUGAAAGGGAGGUAGGGAGGUAGGUAGGUAGGUAGAACACUUUUGUAGUCAAC